AGAACGAAAGCAGCACUUGACACUGACAGAGGUUCUCUCUCCAAUGAGGAAGCCUCUUGCACUGUAUGUGAUUUCUGUUUCCUUUGUGGGCUCGCACCUCUUGCAAUCAGAUGGGUGCACUGUGAGGAGCCCAGCGCGGCUGACACCUCGUCCUGCCCUGGAAGCAUAAACGAAUAUGGCCCUGCCACGAUGGAUCUUUCUCCUGCUCCUCACAACUCUGCUGGCAGCAAAGGAGGAGGAAGAGCAGGACCCCAACAUCUCUGGAGAAGGUGAGGAAACAGAGAAAUGCCAGCAGCCCCAGUGGGACUCAAAGCUGCACUUUACCCCACACAAGAGUUUUUAUAGGAUCAGUGAAGAGGUGACACUGAGCUGCUCUAUGGAGGAUCCUAUUGCCCUUGCCGUGAUCAGAUGUGCAAAAGGAGCACCUCCUAAGUAUGACUGGGAGAUGGACAGUCAGGGAACAUGGCAUGGGGUGGCAGAGAACCUGACCUGCACCACAGAUCCACUAGAAACGUGCCAAAGGCCCCAGUGGGACACAAGACUCCAGCUGAAACCAGACCAAGAUAGUUACCAGAAGUAUGAAGAAGUGAUGCUGAGCUGUCUUAAGGGUUUCCAGCCACCCUUCACCCAUGUCAAAUGUAUAGGAAAGAACAUGUCCAACAGCAAUGGGAAACCUGAACACAGAGAGGUUUGGCUUGGAAAGGACAGCAGAGGCCAGUGGAACCACACUCAGGACAUAGUGGAGUGCAUUGAAACAUGCCAAAGGCCUCUGUGGGACACAAGACUCCAGCUGGCACCAGACCAGAGCAAUUACAAGACAAACAAAGAAGUGAUGCUGAGCUGUCCUGAGGGUUUCCAGCCAUCCUUCACCCACGUCAAGUGCUCAAGGGUCCAUUCUGUCAGUCAUGGGAAUUCAGAAGUUUGGUUUCGAAAGGACAGCAGAGGCCGGUGGAAACGCAUUCCGUACAAAGUUGUGUGCAUCGAGGUGCUCCACAUUGACCCCAGGACCCUGGAGGUUUCCAGCACCAGCAUCAAAGUGAACUGGUCCUGCCGGAUCCCUGAGGCGUGCUCGCACAUGCGGGCCACGUGCCGGCUGGCAUGGCCUUCCUCCCCUCCCUGUGAGGCUGAGGAGGUGCUGGGAGAGGAGAUGCUCCAUGGGCAGGCGGGGACAUUCUCCUGCCCUGCUCUGCAGCCCUUCACUGAAUACAGUGUCACCAUCUCCCUGCUGCCCGGUACCAUCCUGUUCACGUGGCUGGUCAGGACCACGGAAACAGUGCCGGACAAACCAGAGAAGCUGUGGCUGGAUCCCAGCACGGGGUCGCUCAGCUGGGAGCCGCUGCCCUCCUGCAAAGGGGAGAUCAUUGGAUACCAGGUACCAGGGGACCUCGGGCUGCCUGUGUCCUCCUUCCCUUGGCACGUGCUCCUGCAUGGAGCUCACUGCAGGCAGCAUGGGGACGGUGGGGAUGGAAAGCUGUGAUGGCCCAUGGUUCCCAGCCAGUUGGGGGGAAUAUGUAGCUGCGAUGAGCAAGAGCAUUUUCUGUCUCACCCUC